UCGUGUUUCAUUCUUUCUUUUUCGCGGAUGAACGACUUUUUUAGGUUGUUCUGAUUUAGAGCUUAUUAAAAUUGAACAAGAAUAUAGAAUCUACGUUUCUACAUUUCUUUUUGUAUAGUCUUACUCAUUAUUUUAAAAGCUCGAAAACAUGUCAGCCGUUGUGGAAGAAACAAAAGUUGAUGGUAAUGUCCAGGCCACCAAACAAGAGCAAGUGCAGGAAACAAAUGGUGAUACUAACACUGCACAGGAGGAGCCUAAAAAACAGAAAAAGCCCAAACCCAAUAACAAGAAACUGAGACAAGAAGCCGCUGCCAAAAAAACUGCCGAUGGUGGUGGCGAAGAGGGCGACAAUGCCGGAGGUCAGGAGAAAAAUAAUGAGAUAAACGGUGGUGAAGCCGCCGAUGGCGAAAAGAAAUCUUCCAACAAAAAGAAGAAUAAAAAUAAAAACAAAGGCGCCGGCAGUCAAAAGAAGGGUGGACAAACAGAACCCCCUUCCGUGGCCAUUGCCGAACUCUUCCCGGAUGGCAAUUUUCCUGAAGGUGAAAUUAUGAAACAUCCCCAGUGUCCCGAUGAUAGCAAAGCCAUUGAUCGUUUUACCAACGAAGAAAAACGUGCCUUGGAUCGCAUGCACAAUGACAUCUAUCAGGAAUUGCGGCAUGCCGCUGAGGCACAUCGACAAACGCGUCAAUACAUGCAACGCUACAUUAAACCCGGCAUGACCAUGAUUCAGAUUUGUGAGGAACUUGAGAAUACUGCACGUCGUUUGAUUGGUGAAAAUGGUCUGGAAGCUGGUUUGGCCUUUCCCACCGGCUGCUCAUUGAAUCACUGUGCUGCUCAUUAUACGCCCAAUGCUGGCGAUACUACCGUACUACAGUAUGAUGAUGUGUGUAAAAUUGAUUUUGGCACACACAUCAAGGGUCGCAUUAUUGAUUGCGCUUUCACAUUGACAUUUAAUGAUAAAUACGAUAAGCUAUUGCAAGCUGUUAAGGAUGCCACCAAUACCGGCAUCAAGGAGGCUGGCAUUGAUGUGCGUCUAUGCGAUAUUGGAGCUGCCAUUCAAGAAGUUAUGGAAUCAUACGAAGUGGAAUUGGAUGGCAAGACAUAUCAAGUGAAGGCGAUAAGAAAUUUGAAUGGCCAUUCGAUUAGUCCAUAUCGUAUUCAUGCUGGCAAAACUGUGCCCAUUGUCAAAGGUGGUGAGUCAACGCGCAUGGAAGAGAACGAAUUCUAUGCCAUUGAGACUUUCGGCUCAACUGGCCGUGGUCUGGUUCAUGACGACAUGGAUUGUUCGCAUUAUAUGAAGAAUUUCGAUGCUCCAUUUGUGCCACUGCGUUUAGCAUCAUCCAAACAGCUAUUGGGUACCAUCAAUAAGCACUUUGGUACACUGGCUUUCUGUAAACGUUGGUUGGAUCGGGCCGGUGCCACCAAAUAUCAUAUGGCUUUGAAGGAUUUGUGUGACAAAGGUGUGGUUGAAGCUUAUCCACCACUGUGCGAUAUUAAGGGAUGUUAUACAGCUCAGUAUGAACACACCAUCAUGUUAAGACCCACAUGCAAAGAGGUUGUCUCACGUGGUGAUGAUUACUAGAAUUGAAAGGAGAAGGAACAAAGAAUGGAAGGAAAUAGAAUUAUGUGCAGUUUUUUUUGUUGUAAAUGUGCCACACGCAAUAGGUGGAGAAGCGAAGAUUCACUCGAUUUAUGAAGGUUAACUGCUUGAAAUUUGAAAGCAGUAUCUGUUUUUGGAAUCCAUAUAUAUAUAUGCAUUAUACAACAUACACUAUGAUUAUGAAUAACGUUUAUUUUUUAUUUGUUUUUCUUUUUUUUUUCUACCAAAUAGACGACAGAUACCAUCCAAACUGGUUUCUGUUGUUAAUUUUUAAAUUUAUUGUUGUUAUCAAAUAACAGAAAUUUUCGGUUUACAAACAAUUUCAUAAAAAAGUCAUCUAAAUUUUUUUCUCUAUACUAAAUAAUAAAGGAAAUGUAUUUCAUAUGCGAAAA